CCUCCGCGCCUCCACAUCCAGGCGGAGUGCGAGCUGCGCACAGCGCCAGACGGGACCACGGCGGUGUUUUGUGGAUACGCAGCGGAGCGCGCGGCUUGUACACGGCGGGGUUGGACUGUGUGCGGAGCGCACUCCGAAAAAAACAACCACAAAUGGAUAUUUACGUGGCUUUGUUAUCCCUUUUCUUUUUCUACAAACCAGCCCUCGGAUCGGAUCAAGACUACCAGAUCGAUAUCAUCCAUGAACUUGACCUGGCAAAUGCCACCUAUGGAAUUACCCAAGUGGCGGGGCUGCACAACGGCAGCAAAGCCUUCCUUUUUCGAGAUGUCGGGAGAGCAGUUCACGCCCCGGCACACAUCACGGAGAAAGUGGUGCAGCUGUUCAGGAGGAAAAGCGAGUUUACCUUCCUGGCCUCCAUCCAGCAGAAGUCGUCCACGUCGGGAGUCAUAUUCUCCAUCCACGAGUCGGAACACAGUUACUUCGAGCUGGAGAGCAGCGGGGUGAGAGAGGAGAUCCGCUACCACUACCGCUUCAAAGGCAAGCCGCGCUCCGAGUCCUUCCCCUACCGCCUCGCCGACGGCCAGUGGCACAAGAUCGCCCUCACCAUCAGCGCCACCCACCUGCUGCUCCACGUGGACUGCAACAGGAUUUACGAGCGGCUGAUAGACCCUCCUCAGACGGAGCUCACCCCGGGCAGUGGGGUGUGGCUGGGCCAGCACAGUCACAAGCACGGCCUGUUCAAGGGCGUUAUCCAGGAUGUGAAGCUGAUUUUCGCGCCCAACGGCUACAUCGCACAGUGUCCUAACCUCAACCGCACUUGUCCGACCUGCAGCGACUUCCUGAGCCUGGUGCAGGGCAUCAUGGACCUCCAGGAGCUCCUGGCCAAGAUGACGCUCAAGCUGAACUACGCCGAGUCCAGGCUGACCCAGCUGGAGGGCUGCCACUGCGAGAGGACCUGCAGCGCCAACAGCGUGGUCUACCGGGAUAAGGAGCUGUGGGUGGAGCCCGAGAACUGCAGGAACUGUGCAUGUAAGAGCGGUGUCGUGGAAUGUCGCAGGAUUUUCUGCCCUCCGGCGAACUGCUCCGGGGACUCGCUGCCCGUGCACGUCGACGGGACUUGCUGCAAGAAAUGCAGACCUAAAUGUACCUACAUGGGCCAGACUUUCUCCGAAGGCCAACGCUUUUUAUCCCGGAGCUGCCGGGAAUGCAAGAACGGCCUGAUGGCGAAAGUCGCGGAAACCUGUCCCGAGAUCAACUGCACCCUGGGCGAGCAGAUCCUACCGGACGGACGAUGCUGCAAUGUUUGCAGAGGUUACGACUUCUGCGCGGAGGGACUCAUUUGUGGAGAAAACUCUGAGUGCAAAAACCGGAAUACUAAAGCGGAGUGUGAAUGCAAGAGCGGCUACGCCUCGAUCCACGGGGAUUCUACCUACUGCGAAGAUAUUGAUGAGUGCGCCACCCAGAUGCAUUACUGCCAGUCCAACACGGUGUGCGUCAACCUGCCCGGCAGCCACCGCUGCGACUGCCUGCCAGGCUUCAUCAGAGUCGACGAGUACUCCUGCAGCGAGCACGACGAGUGCGCCGGCAGCCAGAGUUUGUGUGAUGAGAACGCCAUCUGCACCAACACCAUCAGAGGACACCUGUGUACCUGCAAGCCGGGCUACGUGGGCAACGGCACCAUCUGCAGAGCCUUCUGCGAAGAGGGAUGUCGGAGCGGCGGGAUCUGCGUGUCUCCCAACACGUGCGUCUGCCCCUCGGGGUUCACGGGACGCCGCUGUGAGACGGAUAUCGAUGAGUGCGCAGAGGGCCUGAUCGAGUGCCACAACCACUCCCGCUGUGUCAACCUGCCCGGCUGGUACCACUGUGAAUGCAGGAGCGGUUUCCAUGACAAUGGCUCCUACCUGCUCGACGGGAGCUCCUGCGUUGACAUCGACGAGUGCGGUCUGCAGACACACACCUGCUGGAACGACAGCGUGUGCGUCAACCUGCCGGGAGGCUACGACUGCGUGUGCACGUCCGGCCCGGGCUGCAGCGGCGACUGUCCGCAGGACGAAGGCGCCCGACGCAACGGAGAGGACUGGAAGCCGGGCUUCGACCGCUGUGCCAUAUGCUCCUGCAAGGACGGGCGGACGUACUGCAGACGGAGACCCUGCGACUGCGCCGACCCCGACGAGGACCUGUUCUGCUGCCCCGGCUGCGACAACAGGCCCAGCAGUCAGUGUCUGGACCAGAGCGGGCGCACGCUCCACCGCAGCGGGGCGUCCUGGCUGUACGGCUGCCAGCAGUGCCGCUGCAUGGAGGGGGAGGCGGACUGCUGGCCCCUGCUCUGCCCCGCGUUGAUGUGCGAGUACACGGCGGUGGCGGAGGGCGAGUGUUGCCCGCGCUGCGUCGCAAGCCCCUGCCUGGCCGACAGCCUGUCAUACGACAUCCGGCAGACGUGCCAGGACCCCGCCGGCGUCGCCCGCCUCAGCGGGGACACGUGGCACAUGCCCAACUCGCCCUGCACCGCCUGCACGUGCAAGAACGGGAAUGUCUGCUGCUCGGUGGAUCUCGACUGCCUUCAGAACAACUGAACAACUCCCUUCCGUCCUGUUCUCCUCCUGCUCCUGCUCCUCCUGCUCCUCCUGCUCCUGCUCCUCCUCCUCUCACUACGGGACUGCGCCACGCACCGUCCCUCUCCACCCCCCCCCCACCCCCCUCGGAUUCAUGAGACGGACUCACGCACACACGUGCAUGCCGGUGUGAGCACAGAAAAAUACAAAAACACACACACUGGACGAACCGCGGCACCGGGGCCGUGCUUCUGUGGCACAACCGUCGACAAAGCUGUGUGUGUGUGUGUGUGUGUGUGUGUGUGUGUGUGUGUGUGUGUGUGUGUGUGUGUCUGUGUGUGUGUGUCUGUGUGUGUGUGUGUGUGCGCGUGUGUGUGUGUGUGUGUGAGAGUGAGAGAGAAGCAUAAAGACUGAGGCCAGGUCACUCUCUCAGCAGUCAGUCACUGUGUCUUUGUGUCGUUUCCAUUUCACUACAUGUUUCCCGAAACGUCGAACCAGAAAGCGGGACGAGAGGAUUCACAGCUUGGACCAGCCGACUCCGUCCACUGAUGCCCGGUCACUCACAGAAAGAGAUAGAAACGUGUUGUCGCGGUGAUUGGUAAAAGAAAUGCGUCCUCUUUGAGGCUUAAAACAGCGUUUUGAAAUAAAAAGCAACCUCCGUCCAGUCGGACGUUUUGGCGACAUAUCACUUUUUAUCUCCGUCUAUACUAACACGGGCGUCACGUGACCAUCCAGGGAGGCGCCGGUGUAAACAGGAAGCAGAUUGCUGCUUAUACAAACGAGAGAACAAUAUUGAAAAGUAAGAGCAGGGAUUUCUUCUCUUGGAGCGACGACGAGGUGGAAUAAACGUGAAACCAUGUUCCAUUGAUGAGAACCAAUCAGGAAGUGGAUACGGGUGAGCUGCGUCUGUGUUUCGGCCCGUCCGUACUACAACACAUCCCCCAGAGGAGCGUUUCCAAACUUCUCCGUUUAGCAGCAGCGACGUGUUUGAAAAAAAUGAAACUGUCGCCAUGUGGAUGUAGCGUUGGUGUAAUAUUCUGUGACGGAAACGGGGGAUUUUAGAGCUUAAUUGAUUCAUUUUAACUUAAUGUUGAACCGAAAGGAAAGAAAAAUUACCUUCAGCACUGAUGAUGUGCGUUUAGUUUUAAGCUUUUUUCCUAGCUUCUCCAGUGGGCGGUGUUACGUUCAUCUCCUUUCAUAUUUUAGCCUUUUCCCUCAGCUCCGCGAUGGACACGAUGGAAACGUGAAAAAUAUUAUUUUCUGUGAACCUCGAUCUUAAGCUAUUUCAGUGCAUCUCUGGCCAAACCAGCAAUAGUAUGAAACAAUUAAACAGAGCGUAAGGUCUCUUUACAUACAGUUUUGACAUGUUUUAUGACCACAUGGCUUCAGGAACUGCAUCCUUCGAAGUCCAUGUUUCUAUUUCAUAGUAACAAUUUUUUUUAAUGAUUUUUUUCUAAAGGAAAUAACAUCACAGACUCUUCUGUUUUGUCACAAAAUGACAAUUUAAAGAUGAAUUUCCCUUUAAUCUCUGGCUGAAAUGUGGCCGCCGCGUCGCGUCACCUGACCUGACCUGAACGCCGCACGCUGAUUGGCUGACAGAAUACGGCCGGUUGUGUUUCAAGAGCAGCGCCCGGUGGUUUCAACUGUACAACGUGAACUCGCGAUGUCUUCUGACGGCUGCGUCUCUCGGGGCUCCUCAGCUCUGAACCACGCGGGCCGAAGCCACGAUGUGAGACACAGAGAAGAGGAAGACUGGGGAUAAUUAAAGCCACGUCAGGCAGACGUGGAUGCGAGUAUGCCAGGAGGUCACCGGGUGUCGGAUCUGUUUACAGACGAAGGGCUUAUUAAGGCAGAAGAGUCUGGCGCUUUCCCUGCUACAGUUCACUUGUUCCAGGCUCUUGAUGCUGCUCUGACAUCCCGUCCUCUCCUCUCCUCCACACACCUCUCCGUUUCCUUCACGUUGGUCUGGACGAGCGCUCAAGUUUCUCUGAAGUGUCGUUAUCGCCGUGUGGCCGUCACUUUUGUUUCUCCCCCCGCCACCCCACAAGAAAUCUAAAGCUGCAAACUGCAACCAACUGAGCACCCGACAGGGGACACUUUAUGGUGGCGCACCGCUGAUUCCAUUUCCAGUUUUGUGCAACAACCGUGUUCAACACGGCGUAGAAACAUGGAGGACUCCACUCUAUGUAGCUAUAUUUAACUCAUUCAGAGUUGACAUCGGUUCUUUGUCGUAGGGGCUGUUAAUACAUAUAUGAACACAUAGUUAGGGACAAUAUAUUCAAUUUCUGUGAAUGAGGUCGUCCAAAUCUUUCACACGGUAGCAUUAAGGUCUUGAAGACACGCACCCGAGUCUGUGUUUCCUGCGAUCCCACCUUUUUCGUCGCAGCCCAAAAGCAGGAUGCACUAUGGAGUCAGGAACAGUGUCCAGUGAGAACACGACAGACACCUGAAGGCAGCGGUGGAUUCAGGUUGGUCAGGAGGCUCAGAACACCUCGCUUGUGCACGCCCAUGACAAUAUGACUGUAAAAUAUCUUGUAUUGAGAGCAAUACAACAAUGGAGGUAUUUUGAAAGUGUCAUUAUUGAUUAUAAUGACAAAAACAUUGUCAGGAAUUGACCUUGGUCUUUAGAGUUAAAAGUAAAUGUCUCCGCCGUUUCCCCCCUCCUGACCUUCUAGUUCUAGCUCUAGCUCUUUUCUGAUCCCGCACGGAAAAACGGUACUAAAUAUAUAUUUUCAGCACAGAGCUCCACCACGUGACCUCCGUGCCGCGGUCUGGGUGAGGCGAUGCCCGCUGUGUAGCCUCUGGACGGGGUCGGCGGCGUGCGGCGCUCUCGGCCCACAAUGUCCUUUUGUCGUCUUUGGUUUCCACCACUUUGUGUUUGUGUCUCAUCCGAGCGUCUGGCUGUGUCGUGACUGUCCUCCAUUAUCACGAGGCCACAAACACACACACACACACACAAACACACACACACACACACACACACACACACACACAUCUGUCGGAAGAAAAAAAAAUGCUGUAAAUGCUACCUGUACCCAUCCACAGCAAUCGAAAGCAGACAUUUGUACAAACUAUCACUGGGAAACAAGGUUUUUCCGGGAUCGCUCCGCCGAUCGAUUUGAUAUGAACUACUGUAAAACACGAUUUGCGAGUGUGUGUGUGUGUGUGUAAAGCCUUUUUACAUGCCGGCGAUAUGAUGAAAAUUAUACAGUUUUUUAAAACUCUCAUUGUGUUCUCAUGAAUAGUGUGUUAAACUUAGUGGACUACUCUUCUCCUCGUGGGAUGGGUUCUGUUCUGGCUGUAAAUAACUGUGUAAAGUGGAGGGGUUCUGUAAAGACAGUACGACCGCGUGAAUAAUUCUCACUUACCGCAGCUUCUUAGGGAAACACGAGCAUUGUGCGUCGAGGACGAGAGAGAGAGAGAGAUGCAACAUUUCUAUUGUUUUUACUAUUUUAUUUUUCUAUUCCUGCCUUAACCCUUUUAGUGUCCGUCAUAGUUCACCGUCUCUCCCGCUGUUUUAGGACAACGUUAUGGAUUUGAUAAGCCUUUGUGUGCGUGCGUGUGCGUGUCCCUCACAAAAAAAGCGUCAGCGGCGGCAGGAAGACCGUGUCGCUGCACCGACGAGCCAUUCUCUUUUUUCCCCCACUCCACCAUGUCUGUAUGAACUGGAAAAAUCUCCUCACUAUGUACACAUGUAAAAAACUAAACAAAAAAAAAAAAGCAAUCUAAUGUUGGAAAUGCCAUCGUGUUUCCCCUUUAACGUCGGACUUUUUUAAAAAGCAAAACAAAUUCUGGAUCUUCUAGAUCCCCGAUGUUGCUCGUUCAUGUUUUUUGAUAGAGGACCACGGCAGAGGGAACCCCCCCCAACUCCCCCCCACCCCCUAACCCCCCCCCCCCCCCCGGGUCUAACCAUUGUUACUUCUCCAGAUCAGAGUGGCCAACUUCAUUGUGCUCAAAAGGGUUAAGUGUCAUUUGAGUUGAAGACUGUGUCGUGAUAAGAGUUUGCUGUAAAAAAAAAAAAAAAAAAAAAAGAUAAUUCUUCGGUUAAUAAAUAUUUUAGUUGUUUA